GUAUCUCCUCUGUCCCCAGUGUCCCCGUGUCCCCAGUGUCUCCUCGAUCCCCAGUGUCCCCUCUAUCCCCUUGUCCCCUCUAUCCCCCGCGUCCCCCGGCCAUGCCCGAGGCCGUGCACUACAUCCACCUGCACAACUUCAGCCGCUCGCUGCUGGAGACGCUCAACGGGCAGCGCGUCUCGGGCCAGUUCUGCGAUGUCACCGUGCGCAUCCGCGAGGCGUCCCUGCGCGCCCACCGCUGCGUGCUGGCCGCCGGCAGCCCCUUCUUCCACGACAAGCUGCUGCUGGGCCACUCGGCCAUCGAGGUGCCGCCCGUGGUGCCCUCGGCCGCCGUGCGCCAGCUGGUGGAGUUCCUGUACAGCGGCAGCCUGGUGGUCGCGCAGUCCGAGGCGCUGCACAUCCUCACGGCCGCCUCCGUGCUGCAGAUCAAGACGGUCAUCGACGAGUGCACGCAGAUCAUCUCGCAGGGCCGGGGCCCGCACAAGGCGCCGCUGGUGCCGCCGGCGCCGCCGGAGCUGGAGCCCGGCGGGCACAGCCGCAAGCAGCGGCAGCCGCUGCGCCUGGCGCCCGCGCUCAAGGAGGAGCGCGACCUGCAGCACGACGAGGAGGAGGAGGGAGAGGAGGAAGGCGGGCCUGCUGUCCCCCCAGGUGUGGCUCCGCCGCCCUUCCCCGCCCCGGACCCGCCGUUUUUUGGCGCCCCCGACGUUUUUCCCGACGCUUUCCUGCCGCCCUGGCCCGGUGACGAUGGUGGCGGCGCCUUCGGGACCGAGCGCGGCCGGGAGGCGCCGGGCGGGGACGGAUUUGGGUUUGGGGCUCCCCCGCCCCUGCCACCGCCCUAUGAGGGGGUUGUGGAGGGGGGCGCUGUCCCCACGGCCCCCCCGGCAGCCCUGGCCGCGCCCCCCCGCGGCCCCCAGCCCCCCUACCAGUGCGGGCACUGCCAGAAGAGCUUCAGCUCCCGCAAGAACUACACCAAGCACAUGUUCAUCCACUCAGGCGAGAAGCCCCACCAGUGCUCCAUCUGCUGGCGCUCCUUCUCCCUCCGCGACUACCUGCUCAAGCACAUGGUGACCCACACGGGCGUGCGCGCCUUCCAGUGCGGGGUCUGCUGCAAGCGCUUCACCCAGAAGAGCUCGCUCAACGUCCACAUGCGCACGCACCGCCCCGAGCGCUUCCAGUGCCGCCUCUGCACCAAGGGCUUCUCCCACCGCACCCUCCUGGAGCGCCACGCUGCCGCCUCCCACCCUGCGCCCCCACCGGGGCCACCGCUGGGGCCACCGCCUGGGCCACCACCGGGGCCGCCACUGGCACCGCCGCUGGGGCCACCACCUGGGCCACCACCUGGGCUACCACCUGGGCCACCACCUGGGCCACCAGCGGGGCUGCCACCAGCGGGGCUGCCACCAGGGCCACCACCUGGGCUGCCACCUGGGCCACCACCUGGCCUGCCACCAGGGCCACCUCCUGGGCUGCCACCUGGGCCACCACCGGCGUUGCCACCGGGGCCACCACCAGCAUUGCCACUGGGGCCACCACCGGGGUUACCACCUGGGCCACCACCAGCGUUGCCACCGUCAGGGCCAGCGCUGGAACCCGGACUGGCCACCUGGCCGGGGCCGGACGCUGCGGGUGCUGGCCCCGCUCACACGGCGUGAGGAGGGGUCCCUGCCCCUCGAAGGGCCUGCGGGGUGGGCCCCGAGCUCCCCGGUGCCCGCGGGGCUGGUGGAGCAGCCGGGGCGAAGCCCGGAGGAAGCGGCUGAGGCGCUCUCCGAUCGGCGGGUUCAGGAAGUUUUGGGGACGUUCCCGGUGACAGGAGAAAGGGGAGCAGAACACCCCGGUUUGGAAUGGGGACGUGGGGAGCCAGCAGCACCAGGAUCACGGAAUAAAUCCUGCUGGGAACUGUGCUGAGGCACCCGGGAUGCAGCAGGAGGUUGGCGAUGACCAGGGCGAGCGGGGCCCGGGAGGCUCGGUGGCUCUGGUGUGGGGGGGUGACAUUGUUGACCUGAUGUCACCCCCAGGAUGUUCUGGAACCGAGCUGGGCACAGGGAGUGGACAGAUGGACUGUGAAUCCAGAGGAGGCUGUGGAGAUGCUCGGAGGGCUGGACAGGGUUGAAGUGUCCCACCUGGAGAAGGGAGGAUCCAGGAACACCUGAGAGAUGCCUCCAAGAGCUGGAGAGGGAUUUUGGACAAAGGGCUGGAGCGCCAGGACAUGGGGAACAGCUUCACGCUGGAAAAGGGGAGGUUGAGGUGGAAUCUGGGGGGGCGUGAGGGGCUGGGAUGGCGUCCCCAGAGAAGCUGGGUCAGUGGAAGGUCUCUCCUGUGGCUGUGACCCCACCCCAGCCAUGGAUGGACACCUGGAGGGACACAGGUUCCCUCCCUUGUCCCCUCUCCACCGCGUGGCUCCUGCCCCCGAGAUGGGGACAAUGAACACGGCAGGUUUAUCGACUGUAUUUGUACCAUUAUUGCCAUUUUUUACACUAAAAAUCUUCGAUGGUC